UUGUCGCCGAUUUUCUCUCUCCUCCUCUCUGACUUUUUGAGAUCACCAAAGGAGUCGUCAAUGGCGCCGAAGGCAGAGAAGAAGCCGGCGGAGAAGAAGAUAACGAAGGAAGGUGGGAGCGAGAAGAGGAAGAAGAAGGCGAAGAAGAGCACGGAGACAUACAAGAUCUACAUCUUCAAAGUGCUGAAGCAGGUACAUCCAGACAUCGGGAUCUCAAGCAAGGCCAUGGGGAUCAUGAACAGUUUCAUCAACGACAUAUUCGAGAAGCUCGCUCAGGAGGCAUCGCGUCUCGCGAGGUACAACAAAAAGCCGACGAUUACGUCUAGGGAGAUCCAAACCGCCGUGAGAUUGGUCUUGCCAGGUGAGCUCGCGAAACACGCCGUAUCGGAAGGGACGAAGGCUGUAACCAAAUUCACGAGCUCUUAGGUGGUUUUUCUUUUGGUGUGAUCGUUUCUCCGUUCUUCUGGGUAUUGAUGAAUUGGGCAUAUGAAAUAACGGAAUGGACAGGAAUCAGUGACUCGGA